GUUGGGACAGGACGGAUGUGGCGCAUGCGUGGUGGCGCCACCAGGCGCGGGAGCUGCGGCGGUGGGGACGGCGGUGGGGACAGCCGCGGGCAGGGCCGCCCCGGCCGGGCUCGUGGGGGUGGCGGCAUCGGCGGUGGCGUGGGCUGGCGAGGCCGUGCGGGCGGCGCCCGACAGCAGCUGGAGGAGCGGUUCGCCGACCUGGCUGCGAGCCACCUGGAGGCCAUCCGCGCGCGGGACGAGCGGGACCGGCAGAACGCGCGGCUGCGCGAAGAGAACGCCCGGCUGCGGCUUGAAAACCGGCGGCUGAAGCGCGAGAACCGCAGUCUCUUCCGUCAGGCUUUGCGGCUUCCCGGCGAGGGUGGUGACGGGGCGGCCACAGAGGCGGCCAGGGCCACCGCGGGCCCCGAGGAGGCCAGCACGAACCGGAGGGCGAGAGGCGGCGGCCUGGAGGACGAGCCCGGCAGCCCCAGGGCCCUGAGGGCCCGGCUGGAGAAGCUGGAGGCCAUGUACCGCCGGGCCCUGCUGCAGCUGCACCUCGAGCAGCGGGGGCCGCGCCCGUGUGGCGACAAGGACGAACCGCCUUUGCGCGCACCCGAGUCAGGCCUGCGCGCCCCGGCCCCGGAGCCCCCAGAGCCCUGGCUGUAGCCGGAGGCCGCGGCCGGGGAGAGGCGGGGCCUCGCGCGGCCCCUCCUUCUCCGCUCGCGGCUCCCGCACCUAGCAACGCCCUGGGCCCUCCGCAGCAGGACUGGACCACUGCGCCCUCCGCCUCCCGCCCCGCGCUGCGCAGCGGGGCUCGGCGUCGGUCGCCUGCGGUUGAGAGCUUGCGGGGCCCCCUGGAUCCCCACAGUGCAGAGCACCUGCCUCUUGCCCCUGCUGGCUUCCGAGGGUUGAGGCCUAGAAACGGAGGGGCGGGUUUGACAACAGCAAGAAAUGGGUGCCAGUCAACACGUCCUAAUGUCUGAACUUUCCAGGGUGUUGUGAGGACCUCUUCUACUCCCCCCCCCGCCUUCCUGUUUUGGUUCUAUGAGGAAUGAAUAAUGCAUUUUGGGUUGGUUGAAUUUGUUGUUCAUACUUCAGUCCCCUAAAUU